AUGACUUCAAAGAAACCCAUUGUGCUCCGUCUUGGAGAGGAUAUCAAGUAUAACCACAAGUUUUUCCAAGACGUAUUUACCGAGAGAUUCCAGGUCGUGGCCAAUGAAGAGCCCGACCGAGCAUCAUUUAUCAAGGCGCUAAAAGAAAAGAAAUAUGGUAAUUUCUCGGCCAUCUUUCGACCCCAUUUUCAGACGGGAGGUGAGAUGGGCCAAUGGGACGAUGAACUCAUUGGUCUCCUCCCACCGUCAGUUCGCAUCUUCGCAUCUGCUGGCGCAGGCUUCAACUGGGCUGACGUCGACGCACUCGGUCGACGCGGCAUCUGGUAUGCAAACGGCGCUGGUUGCAGUGACGAGGCUGUCUCCGACACAGCUCUGUUCAUGAUCCUGUCCGUCUUUCGAAACUUUUGGCGAUCACAAAAGGGCGCCCGUACCUGCAAUCCAGAUGACUUUGCUGCUACACACAAGCUAGUUGGAAGUAUAUCGUUCAACCCACGUGGUCACAUCUUGGGCAUCGUGGGACUAGGAAACAUCAGUAGAUUGCUAGCACACAAGGCACGAGCCGCACUGGGUAUGGAGAUUCAUUAUUAUGACGUCGUACGCGCACCGCCCGAGGUUGAGCAGGAGCUUCAAUCUACCUACCAUGCUACGUUGCAUGAGCUUCUCGGAGUCGCGGAUUGUGUCACUCUCCACACACCGCUCAACGCGCACACCCAGGACCUCAUCAAUGACAAGGCUUUUGCGGCCAUGAAGGACGGUGCACGUCUCGUUAAUACUGCGCGUGGACAAGUUGUCAACGAAGACGCCUUAAUUGCGGCACUUGAGAGCGGCAAGAUCUCUGCUGCUGGUAUCGACGUUCACUACCAUGAGCCACAGGUGUCAAAGGUACUGGCCGCGAUGGAUAACGUGACCAUGACAUGUCAUAACGGAGGCGCUGCCAUCACAACGCGGAUCAACUUUGAGUUGAAUGCCAUGAAGAACAUACUCGAACCGAUAACUCCGGUAAACCGGGCAUCGUUUAGGGGCUCUUAA